AGGUAUUCACAGCCGCCGCCCUCCCUGUCCUCCGCUCGUCUUCUUCCUAGUCGCAGCGCGCGACGGCAACUGCUGCCGCGUUCGACAUGAGCUGCCCCCCGGCAACUCGCUGACGCGCGGCCCGUUCCCGCGACGCGCCCUGACGGCGUGGUGAAGGCAGGGGAGGACCGUCGACGGCUAGCAGCGGCAGCGCCGACAGCAUCUUUGCUCCUCCGUUUUCCCCUCUUCCUCCUUCCCAUCUCCCUCCCAGCGCCAUUCCACACCACCGUCCCAGCUAUCGACCCCAACUCGACCCCGACGGUCUUCCGAUCCCCGGCCAGGGGACGCUGCCUCGACCCGCGCUCCCUGCAACUGCCUAGCCCACCAACGGAAUGGCGCAGCUUCCUGCUGCCAUUGUAGCGUCAUCGGAGGGAAGUUCAUAUGUGAUCAAGAUAGACGGAUACUCAAGACUCAAGGGGCAAAUCGAGCAUGGAAACUACGUGCAAUCUACCCCUUUCACUGUUGGAGGUCACGAUUGGGCCGUGGAGUAUUACCCAAACGGUUGCUACGCCGAAAAGUAUGAAGCCGGUUUCAUAUCUGUUUUUCUAGCUCUGUAUUCUGAUGUUUCUAACGAUGUGAAAGCGAAAGUUGGAUUUAGUCUGCUUGACAAAGAUGGAGAACCUGUGGAAUCAAAAAGCAUGAUCACCCAUGAGCAUAUCUUCGAUAGCAAAGGUUCAGACUGGGGUUUCUCUAAUUUUAUCAAGGUUGCUGAUCUCGAGAGCUCAGUGCAUCUAAGAGACGACAGUUUCAGCAUCAGGUGUGAUGUUACGGUUAUGAAGCCUGUCCAUAAAGUUAAUCGGUUUAUUGUGGUUCCUCCAAGUAACUUGCACCAGCAUCUCGGUGACCUCCUCAUCAGCUUGGAUGGAGCGGAUGUGACCUUUCAGGUUGGCGGGGAAAGCUUCUUGGCCCAUAGGUCCGUGCUUGCUGCUCGGUCAUUAGUAUUCAGGGCGGAGCUCUUUGGCCCCAUGAAGGAGAGUGGGAACAGUUUGAUUGAAAUUAGCGAUAUGGAAAGUGACGUGUUCAAGUCUUUGCUCCACUUCAUUUACACUGACUCGCUGCCUGUUCCUGAGACAACUGAUGAGGGUGAAACAGGAAGAGAGAUGGUGAUAGCUGGUCAUCUACUUGUUGCGGCAGACAGGUACAACAUUGAGAGGCUCAAGCUGAUAUGCGAAGAGAAGUUGUGCAACCUCAUUGACUCUGACGUCGUGGCGACUAGUUUGGCUCUAGCUGAGCAGCACGGCUUGCAUAGAAUCAAGGAGGCCUGUUUUGAGUUCCUCGCUUUGCCUUCCAAUUUGGAGGCGAUGAUGGCAAGUGAUGGUUACGAGCAUCUGAAGAAUAGCUGCCCAUCUGUUCUCAGGGAACUGGCUGCUAGCUUCCUGCCGGCCGAGCUGAAAGCGGUCAAAGAUAUUAUCAUGACAACUUAGUAGUGUAGCUAAUGAUCACUGCAUCUUAUCAUAUUUAGUAUCUAUGUUGUUACCUAUUGUCGUGUGUAUGGGUACAUGUAGGUCUCAGUGGCUCGGGCUCAGGGCAAAACUAUCUAGUAUAUCCAUGCUGGAAUCAGAAUAUGAACUAGUUGGGUGAUUCCUAUGUUAUUGUAUUUGCUGGGA